AUGAAUGUGGAUAUGGAAACUGCCACUGGUGUCAAGUGGCUAACCCCCUUGUUUAAAAUUGGUCAUGAACGAAGAUUAGAAGAAGAUGACAUGUACUCUGUGCUUCCGGAAGAUCGCUCCCAGCACCUUGGAGAAGAGCUGCAAGGGUACUGGGAUCAAGAAGUUUCAAAAGCUGAGGAAGAUGCACGGGAGCCUUCUUUAACAAAAGCAAUCAUAAAGUGUCACUGGAAAUCCUAUUUAGUUUGGGGAAUUUUUAUACUUCUUGAGGAAGGCACCAGAGUAGCUCAGCCCAUAUUUUUGGGGAAAAUGAUUAAUUAUGUUGAAAACUCCAAUCGCACGGAUUCUGCCGCUUUGCAUGAGGCCUAUGGCUAUGCAGCAGGGCUGAGCGCCAGCGUGCUCGUGUGGGCCGUUCUGCACCACUUUUACUUCUAUCACAUUCAGCGUGUGGGGAUGAGGCUGAGAGUAGCCGUGUGCCAUAUGAUCUACCGCAAGGCCCUUCGCCUGAGCAGCUCAGCCAUGGGGAAGACCACCACAGGCCAGAUAGUCAACCUGCUGUCCAACGAUGUGAGCAGGUUUGACCAGGUAACGAUGUUCCUGCACUAUCUGUGGGUGGGGCCACUGCAGGCUAUUACAGUGACUGCCCUGCUCUGGAUGGAAAUAGGAAUGUCGUGUCUUGCUGGGAUGGCGGUUCUCAUUAUUCUUCUGCUUUUGCAAAGCUGCUUUGGAAAGUUCUUUUCAUCACUCCGGAGUAAGACCGCAGCUCUCACAGACGACAGAAUCAGGACCAUGAGUGAAGUUAUAAGUGGCAUCAAAACAAUAAAAAUGAAUGCUUGGGAAAAGUCAUUUAUAGACCUUAUUUCCACACUGAGAAGGAAGGAAAUUUCCAAGAUUCUGAAAAGUUCCUACCUUAGAGGAAUGAAUUUAGCAUCAUUUUUCGCUGUCAGCAAAAUUAUGAUUUUUGUCACCUUCAUCACCAAUGAUCUCCUUGACAACCGGAUCACAGCCAGCCAAGUGUUUGUAGUGGUGACACUGUUCGAGGCUCUGCGGUUUUCAAGUACCCUGUACUUCCCCAUGGCUGUCGAGAAGGUGUCAGAGGCCAUUGUCAGCAUCCAAAGAAUCGAGAACUUCCUAUUACUUGAUGAGAUACCACAGCUCAACCUUCAGCUGCCAUCAGAUGGUGAAACGAUAGUGGAUAUGAACGAUUUCACUGCUUCUUGGCAUAAGGCAUCAGAGACCCCAACCCUACAAGACCUUUUCUUUACUGCCAGACCUGGUGACCUGUUAGCUGUGGUUGGACCUGUGGGUGCAGGAAAGUCGUCACUGUUACGCGCUGUGCUGGGGGAGCUGCCCCCGAGCCAGGGGAAGGUCUGUGUGCACGGGAGGAUUGCGUAUGUUUCUCAGCAGCCCUGGGUGUUCUCAGGAACUGUGAGGAGUAACAUUUUAUUUGGGAAGAAAUAUGAAAAAGACCGAUAUGAAGAAGUAAUAAAGGCUUGUGCUUUGGGAGAGGAUUUACAGCUUCUGGAGGAUGGAGAUCAAACUGUGAUAGGAGAAAGAGGAACCCCGCUGAGUGAAGGACAGAAAGCCCGGGUCAGCCUCGCCAGAGCCGUGUAUCAGGAUGCAGACAUCUACCUCCUGGACGAUCCAUUCAGUGCAGUGGACGUGGGAGUCAGCAGGCACUUGUUUGAACAGUGUAUCUGUCAAGCCUUGAGGGAGAAGAUCACAAUCUUAGUGACUCAUCAGUGGCAAUACCUAAAAGCUGCAAGUUGGACUAUGAUAUUGAAAGGUGGCAAAAUAGUACAAUGUGGGACUUAUAUUGAGCUCCUGAAAUCUGGGGUAGAUUUUGAUUUCCUUUUAAAGAGGAAUGAGGAAGAACCAUCUCCAGAUCUGGAAUCUUCUGCCCUGAAGAAUCAGUCCAGACCCUUGAUGAGAGGUGCUGCCCCAGAGCUCCAAGAUACUGAGAAUAUCUCUGUCACACUACCUCUAGAGGACCGCGUGGAGGGAAAAGUUGGUUUUAAGACCUACAAUGAUUACUUCACAGCUGGCACUAACUGGUUUACCAUCAUCUUCCUUAUUCUAGUAAACAUCGCAGCUCAGGUUGCCUACGUCCUGCAGGACUGGUGGCUUCAGGAUUGGGCGAAUUUACAAAAUGCCCUGUAUUUGGGGGUGUAUGGAAAAGAAGAGAUAAUUGUGAUACUCAGUCUGAACUGGUACUUAGGAGCCUAUUCAG